CUCAUCGGUGAGUAUCUGAGAAGCGCCACCAUGGCUUUUCGUAAGAAGAGCACCAAGAACCCCCCAGUCCUGAGCCACGAAUUCAUCCUGCAGAAUCAUGCGGACCUCGUCGCCUGCGUGGGGAUGUUCUUCGUGCUGGGGCUUAUGUUCGAGGGAACAGCAGAAGCCUCUAUCGUUUUUAUUACCCUCCAGCACGGUGUUACCUUUCCUGCAGCAGACGAACAAGCCACGGAAUCAAAGUUCCUUUAUUAUUAUGGCAUCAAAGAUUUGGCCACGGUUUUCUUCUACAUGCUAGUGGCAAUAAUCAUUCACGCCACAAUUCAGGAGUAUGUGUUGGAUAAAAUUAACAGGCGAAUGCAGUUCCCUAAAGCGAAACAAAGCAAAUUCAAUGAAUCUGGUCAGUUUAGUGUAUUCUACCUCGUUUCUUGUAUCUGGGGCACAUUCAUUCUAAUCUCUGAAAACUGCCUGUCAGACCCAACUCUCUUAUGGAGGACUCAUCCCCAUAAUAUGAUGACAUUUCAAAUGAAGUUUUUCUACAUAUCACAGUUGGCUUACUGGUUUCAUGCCUUUCCUGAACUCUACUUCCAGAGGACCAAAAAACAAGAUAUCCCUCGUCAACUUGUCUACAUGGGAUUGCACCUCUUUCACAUUGCUGGCGCUUAUCUCUUGUACUUGAAUCACCUGGGACUUCUUCUUUUGAUGAUGCAUUACUUUGUUGAAUUACUUUCCCACAUUUGCGACCUGUUUUAUUUUAGUGAUGAGAAGUACCAGAAAGAAAUUUCUCUGUGGGCAGUUGUUUUUAUUUUGGGUAGACUUGUGACUUUAAUUGUUUCAGUGCUCACUGUUGGCUUUCACCUGGCCGGAGGGCAGAAUCGGAAUCCGGAUGCCAUUACUGGAAAUGUCAACGUGUUGGCAGCUAAAAUUGCUGUUCUGUCAUCCAGUUGCACUAUCCAAGCAUACAUCACAUGGAAUUUAUUUAAUGUCCAGCUUCAGAGAUGGAUGGAAGAAGAUGCUACUCUUCAGGCUCCAAGUGUGAAAAAGAAAAGGACUAAAGGCAGAUCUUCUAGAAAAGGAACAGAAAAUGGUGUGGCAACUUCAAAUAGAGUAGACUCUCCCUAUAAGAGGAAAGAGAAGUCUUCAUAACAACGAAUUGCGAACUAAUUGGUUUAUGUUCACGAAGAAGUCUGCUCUCUGCUAUAAGACACUUUCUGUGCUAGAGAAUUCUCUGUUCUAGAAAAUAGUUUGUGCUGUCUUUGAUUUUUGCUAUUGUACUGUGUAACAUUUCUUUCAAAGACAUUUGCAGGGAGGAUGAUGAUUAUGAGUGGAAAAAAUUUGGUUUAGACUAAGCUACUCCUCAUCAAAAUGGUUUAGGGAUCACCACCAUAUUUUGUUUUGAUUUUUAACUUUGAACAUUUUCCCAAUGAUCUGUAGAGAUGAUUACAAAAUUCCACAUAUCAGUGACAUAAUUUCUUGCCCCCACCAAUCUUUUACAACAUUAACAAGUUGGUCUAUUAGAGCAGUCAUAGUUUUCAUGUUGUCCUUCAGGGAUAAAAUGGAAAUAUAAAGGUAAAAGUCAACUUCAUUAA